UUUGGGGAGCGCUCACCCCUACCCCUGCCACCGCGGCUUUGCAGAGAUGCCAAGGAACAGGACGCCAGGAAAGAUGAAGGUGCCGCCGACCUCUCUGUUCGCUCCAGGAAAAGGAAGGCAAAUGUGGCCGUUUUUUUGCAGGAUCCCGAUGAAGAAGUUGCCAAAAUUGACAGGACUGUGAGAGGCCAGUGUAGCAGUCAGUCUUGGGACGAUAAUACAGGAUGUGCAAACCCUUGCUCCUUGAUCCCCACACCUGAUAAAGAAGAAGGUGAACCAGAAUACCCAAAUCCUACAUUUGUGCCUCGGAAAGCCACCCCACCACCCAGGGCCUCACCACUGCCUGUACUGAACUGGGCAAAUAGAGAGGAGGUUUGGAAAAUCAUGUUAAACAAGGAAGAGACAUAUUUACGCGAUGAGCACUUUUUGCAGCGACACCCUCUUCUACAGCCUAAAAUGCGAGCAAUUCUUCUGGAUUGGUUAAUGGAGGUGUGUGAAGUCUAUAAACUUCACAGGGAGACAUUUUACUUGGCACAAGAUUUCUUUGAUCGGUAUAUGGCAACACAAGAAAAUAUUGUGAAAACACUUUUACAGCUUAUCGGGAUUUCGUCUUUAUUUAUUGCUGCCAAACUGGAGGAAAUCUAUCCUCCCAAGUUGCACCAGUUUGCUUACGUAACAGAUGGAGCUUGUUCAGGAGAUGAAAUCCUCACUAUGGAAUUAGUGAUUAUGCAGGCUCUGAAGUGGCGUUUAAGUCCCCUGACUAUUGUUUCCUGGCUAAACGUGUAUAUGCAGGUUGCAUAUCUAAAUGACGUAUAUGAAGUGCUACUGCCACAGUAUCCCCAGCAAAUCUUUGUACAGAUCGCAGAGCUUUUGGAUCUCUGCGUUCUGGAUGUUGGCUGCUUAGAAUUUCCUUAUGGUGUCCUUGCUGCUUCUGCCUUAUAUCAUUUCUCUUCAUCUGAAUUGAUAGAAAAAGUUUCAGGGUAUCAAUGGUGCGAUAUAGAGAAAUGUGUCAAAUGGAUGGUUCCAUUUGUCAUGGUUAUAAGGGAAUCAGGAAGUUCCAAAAUAAAGCACUUCCGGGGAGUUCCUGUUGAAGAUGCCCAUAAUAUACAGACUCAUAUCAACAGCUUGGAUAUGCUGGACAAAGCCCAAGGAAAGAAAGCCAUGUUGUCGGAACAAAAUAGGAUCUCUCCCACUCCGUCCGGAGUCCUCACCCCGCCACAGAGCAGUGAGAAGCAGAGCAGUGAGCCGGACACAGCCUGACCACACAGCCUCCUGCAAAGACAGUCGUGGGGAAGCCCCUGCUCCUCACUCUGAGGGCUACAGCGGAGGCCUGUGCUAGUUUUUACAGAUAUUUAAGUGGAAGAGUCUCUCCUGUGACAGAAGUAUUUCUGUGGACAGCUUUGGACAGGGAGAAAUAUUUUUUAUUAAAUGCUUAGGUUUUUUUUAAUAAGUGGGUCAAGUACACCAGCCACCUCCCGAACACCAACGCGUGCUCCAGAUGCUGCUAAGGAAGGUGAUACUUGACUUGAUCAACUUUACAGAAACGAGAAAGGCUUAAAGUGGAGGAGUGCGGGUGCUUCGCUGAGCUCCACACGGUGCUCUGAGCUGCAUCGUGUUAGGCGACACGCGUGAUUGUGAGCACUCACAGGGAUACAGAGCCACGACUGGCGGGGCGGGGCCACACUUCAGACACUGUCAUCCAGUGUACCAUGCCUCCCAUGAACUCUUGUAAGUGCUGCUAUAUCUA